AUGAUUGUAAUUCUGCUGGUGUCUAUGUCCAUGGUGGUGUACAGUGGUGGCCAAGAACUGGAGCCUCCAGCAUUCCUGCCAGAUCUGCUUAACACACCUGAAAGAAUCUUGAACAAUGUGUCACUCUUCAAUGGAGUCUUUCAAAAUGUGGAAAGCGUUGCAUUAUUUUUUGACUGCCUGGGUUCUCACUUCACCUGGUUACAGUCCAUCUUCACUAACUUUCCUGCCCUUCUCAACUUUGUGAACAAAAUGAAGUGUGUUACUGGGUUUUGUCCCAGGGAUUUUGAAGACUACGGUUGCUCUUGCCGGUUUGAGAUGGAAGGGUUCCCCGUGGAUGAAGCUGAUGAAUGCUGUUUUCAGCACCGCAAAUGCUACGAGGAAGCGCUGGAGAUGGAGUGCACAUGGGACCCAUCCAAGAUUUCUGCAGAUUUCAGCUGCUCUACUAAAAACUUGACCUGUGAGUCUGUGGAUCCCUGUGAACAGUUCCUCUGCACCUGUGACAAAGAUGCCAUUGAAUGUUUUGUGAAUGCAGAGAUUAACUCCUCCUUGAAUGGGCUGGAUGUCUCUUCCUGCCCAUCUCCAGUUACAGAGGUGGUUCACCAAGGGACUGAUGAAACACGGGUUGUGACUGCAUCUGUGGAAGAAGUUGUUUCUUUUGAGCCUCGUGACACAGUCUUGGCAACUUCUAAAGCCAGAGUUACCUCAAGGAACCACAGAGGCACAGCUCCUGCUCCCCCCAUCCUCUCGAUUAAAGAAGCAGAUGGAUUUAUGGAAGCUUUGGUCUCAGUGGAAGAGAUAACCACAUCCCCAGCCUCAUUCCCAGGAGAUAGUAACUCAAUGCAAGUCAAAAUUGUUCCCACCAGCAAGAGUCAUGCAGGCACACCUGCAAGGACAAAAGGAAAAGAAACAAGCUCUGCCAGGGGUGGCCUGAGCACAGCUGCCUCUGGAAUAGCUCUGGACCUGGGACUGUCUGAGAGAGGACCUGAAGGAAAAGUGUGUGAGCGAUUGACCUUUCUGCAAGAGACAGGACGUGGAAGAGUGAAGAGGGAGCUGCCCCAGCUUGGAGAAAUGCUGUUCUGUUUGACUGGGAGAUGCCCAGAGGAAUUUGAAUCUUAUGGCUGCUACUGUGGCCAAGAGGGAAGAGGUGAUCCCACCGAUGCACUGGACAGAUGCUGCUUCUCUCAUCACUGCUGUAUGGAGCAAGUUAAGAAACUUGGAUGUCAUGCAGAAAGAAAUUUGAGAUCUGAAGUUGUAUGUUUGGAUCAUACUCCAAAAUGCGUUGGAUGGAGCACGUGUGAGAAGCUCCUCUGUGCCUGUGACAAGGCCGCGGCCGAGUGCAUGGCUUCUGCCUUCUUCAACGAGAGCCUGAAGCUUCCCCACAGGCACGAGUGCCAGGAGGAGAAGGUCUCCUGCCCAGGGGACCCUGCUGAAAGGCCUCCAGCAGGCACAGAAACAGGCACAGGGGGUUCCAGCUCCGAGGAGAGCAGCGAGGAGGAAGGAGCCCUGCGGAGCGGAUUCCGAAGAGCCAAGAGAGGGACACGGCAUCGCAUUGGGAUCUCCAGCACUGUGGGACACGAGGGCAGAUAG